ACAUUGAUAAAUCUUUAUGUUGAUGUUUUUUUUCAAUUUGAUCGAUAGUUUUUAGACAAUCAUCAUGUCAUCAUCAUCAUCAUCAUAUACAACAAAACCGAAGAUUACAUCGAUUCGCAAUAAAAAUGCUAUUAUCAUAAUUGUUGUUAUAAUUUUUGUUUCAUCACAAAAUUUGGCUCAAUGUUGGCUAUUUUCGCCAAGAAUACAACCUUAUUAUUAUCCAUUCCCAUAUCCAGUUCCAGCAUCUAUUUUAAGUGGAACGGGAUCUAGUGUUGGCUUGACUGGUGGAUCUCCAUCAUUAUCUGCAGGUUAUGUUGGACAAUCACCAAUUGGAUCUAAUCCUUCUGGUUAUAAUUAUAAUUGGUAUAGUUAUCAAAAUUAUCCAAAUUCUGGUGUUCUAUAUCCAUCGAGUGGUAGUACCGGCAAUACUGGUGGUACUGGUGGCUAUGUUCCAGUUGAACCUUUUAACCAUCCUUUAUCUCCGCCUAGUUCAGGAGUGACUAGUUUGCCAACAACAGCAUCAUUAUUUCCUAGAACUGGAUCGUUGCUUCGUUCAUGGUGGACAAGAAAAUUCACUAAAUUUGGAUCUUUAGGUAGCAGUUUUCCUGGAAAUCAAUACAGUGGAUAUGGAUUAACCAGCAACAGUCCUUGUAAUGGAUAUUGGGCAAGCGGUAGUAAUGGAUCACCUUGUUUAUCAUCAAAUCUGUGCUGUUAUCCAUUAGUAAUACAGACUAAUGUUGAUUCCACAUCUAGACCAUCUUAUGCAGAUUCCUCACCAUCUACUGCAGUAACCUAUCCAUCCAGUGGAUAUGUUUAUCAUCCAUCACAUCAUGGCUACAAAUCAUCAUCGCAUUUAUCAUCACAAGCAUCCGAAAAUCUCGAUGAUGUUGUCGAUUCGAAUCAAAGUUCUUAAAAGUUUCAUUUGAACAAAAUUUAAAAAUCCCCAUAUGAUACGAUGUGUAAUACCUCGUCAGAAUA